AAAAAAAAAUUUGACUAUAAUUUUUAUUGUGAUAACACAAUGUCAGCUCAAUCAUUGACAUCGCUGUUAUUAUUGAUGUCCAGUAUAAUAGUUGAGCGCCAGUAUGAAUACGACAAAUUAGUUAAGAGAGAAACAAUUAAAUCAUACUAUGAUUACGUGAUUGUGGGCGCCGGUAGUGCUGGUUCUGUAGUGGCCUCUAGACUGUCGGAAAAACAGUCAAAUGGGGUACUACUGUUGGAAGCGGGAGAUCGGGAGACAAUUGUAUCGACGAUGCCAUCACAGAGCGAUUCAUUAAAAGACACACCAAUGGAUUGGAACUAUACUAUUGUUCCGCAAAAGUUUUCCUGUUUUGGAUUAAACAACCGGUCAAUGAAAUGGCCGCGCGGUCGGGCACUCGGAGGUACGUCGGCUAUCAAUAGAAUGGCAUACUUGCGAGGAAACCCUAAAGAUUUCGAUAAUUGGGUUCAUGAGUCCGGAGCCGAUGGCUGGCAGUGGUCACAAGUAUUCAAAUAUUUCUUACGAAGUGAGAAACAAAUGGAUCCAUUGCUAGCAUCAAAUGGAUAUCACGCGACUACAGGACCAUUGGCUGUCUCUACACCACCAGUAGUCGAUGUAAUGACAAGACAAUGGGUCAUUGCGUCCAACACUUUGGGUUAUCCUAUCAUUGACUUAAAUGGCGCUCAUAGACGAGGAACAGCUAUAACACAGCGAAAUAUAUUGUAUGGUAGACGACAGUCAUCUGCGGAGGCAUAUCUGCUAACAAACUGUUGGCGCAAAAAUCUACACAUUUUGGCCAACACUUUGGUUACAAAAGUGCUGUUCAAUGACAAGAAACAGGCCAUUGGUGUCGAGUUUACAAAAAAUGGAAUCAAACAACAAGUUUAUGCUAAGAAAGAGGUUAUUUUAUCGGCCGGUGUUAUCGGUUCGGCACAACUACUUUUACUGUCCGGUGUCGGUCCGAAAAAGCAUUUACAAGAUCUAAAUAUACCGAUUAUUGCRAACCUUCCKGUUGGCCAUAAUCUUCACGAUCAGCCGCGCGUAUAUGGCAUUCAAUUUUUAACAAACUCUACUUUUACUAAUCAAGCGAUAACUAUAGAAUCGUUAACCAAUUAUUUUAUCAACGGUUCGGGACCGUUGACACAAUCCGAGUACUCGACAACUAUAUACCAGAGCUCAUAUGUUCACCAAACUGAUUGGCCAGACGUACAGCUAGGUUUAAUACCCUCUAGUCCGGCAACCAGGCGUACAAGUGGUCAGUCGACGGGUAUUCGAGAUGACAUAUGGGAUGUAUUUUACAAACCGUACACAAAUAAAACUCAAUUUAGUAUUUCGGUAAUAUUGUUGCGACCGAAAAGUCGCGGUUCAUUGCGACUCAAAUCAUCUAAUCCUUCAGAUAAACCAUUACUUGAUCCCAAUUAUUUUGCCGACAGUCAAGACUUGUAUACUAUUGCCGAGGGUAUGCAAGAAGCCUAUAGAAUAGCACUUUCGCCUUCAAUGGCACCGUUUGAUGUGAAACCAUACCAAACUAUAGUUCCUGGAUGUGAAUCUGAUCAUAACGGCAACUUUAUGCGUCCAUCACUUGAUUACUUUAGAUGUUUGGCCCGAUCAUUGACCUCAUCGGCAGCCCAUAUGGUGGGCACGUGCAAAAUGGGCGCUAUUAGCGACUCUUCGGCAGUGGUUGAUCCGAAACUACGAGUGAAAGGUAUCUCCAAUUUGCGAGUAAUCGAUGGAUCAAUAAUGCCAUCGGUAGUGUCGGCAAAUACCCACGCGGCCAUUGUUAUGAUUGGCGAAUACGGCGCUGAAAUUGUACUUAAAUCAUCAAAAUAA